GCACGGAAGUCGGCUUCUUUGAGUCAUAAGACUGAGGCGCGCCGGGAGUAAGAUGGCGGGGAAGAAGAAUGUUCUGUCGUCUCUGGCAGUUUACGCGGAAGAUUCAGAGCCCGAGUCCGACGGCGAGGCUGGCGUCGAAACAGCGGGCAGCGCGGCUGAGGAAAAAGGUGGAUUAGUAUCUGAGGCCUAUGGAGAGGAUGACUUUUCUCGCCUUGGAGGUGAUGAAGAUGGUUAUGAAGAAGAGGAGGAUGAGAAUAGCAAACAGUCGGAAGAUGACGAUUCAGAGACUGAAAAACCUGAGGCUGAUGACCCAAAGGAUAACCCAGAAGUAGAAAAGCGAGAUCCUCAGGAAUUAGUUGCCUCCUUUUCUGAAAGAGUCCGGAACAUGUCGCCUGAUGAAAUCAAGAUCCCCCCUGAACCCCCUGGCAGAUGUUCAAAUCACUUACAAGACAAGAUCCAGAAGCUUUAUGAGCGGAAGAUAAAGGAGGGAAUGGAUAUGAAUUACAUUAUCCAAAGGAAGAAAGAAUUUCGGAACCCCAGCAUCUAUGAAAAGCUGAUCCAGUUCUGUGCAAUUGACGAGCUCGGCACCAACUACCCAAAGGAUAUGUUUGACCCCCAUGGCUGGUCCGAGGACUCCUACUACGAGGCAUUAGCUAAAGCCCAGAAGAUCGAGAUGGACAAACUGGAAAAGGCCAAAAAGGAGCGAACCAAAAUCGAGUUUGUGACAGGCACCAAGAAAGGUACCACGACCAACGCCACGGCCACCACCACCACCACGGCCAGCACAGCGGUUGCAGAUGCCCAGAAGAGAAAGAGCAAGUGGGAUUCGGCCAUUCCGGUGACAACGAUAGCCCAGCCAACCAUCCUCACCACCACGGCCACCCUGCCAGCUGUCGUCACGGUGACCACCAGUGCCAGCGGCUCCAAGACCACGGUGAUCUCUGCCGUGGGCACCAUCGUGAAAAAGGCCAAGCAGUGACCCGAAGGAGCAGCCCGGGUGGCUCGGACACUCUCCCUUCCAUCGAGGGGAGGGGCCGCUCCAGGACUUGAUGAGAGUGCGCAACCCGGGGACCGACGCGGCACAGAGGUGCCGCUUUGUGUGUUUCAGGACUGGGAUCUGCUCCCGCGACGCCACCCCGAGAGGAGCCUCCGUGUGCCAUCCCGGCCAGGAAAAGGACAUUGCCGCAGAGGAGUCGGGUGCUCCGGAGAGCGUCCGCACACCGCUUGGGGUCUGGUGCCCUAUUAAAAGUGCUGUGUUCUUACAUCUCAGCAUCUUGGAUGCAGUGGCCUCUGCUGUGGUCCGUUUUCAGGCACAUGUGGAAGUUCCAAGUGUCCUCUCCUCUUCCCUGUUGGGGUUAUUACCUCAGGGUAGGUAACGGAGUGGCCGAAGCCUGUGGCGCUAGGGGAGGCCCCGUGUCCCGGCUGUCUGCUGCCCUGAUCCUGAAACCCGGCUGGUUAUCAGACGAGAGCUGAGGCCUCUGCUCCCUUGGGGGCAACUGAGCCCUCUCGGACCACUUUUUGGACACACCCAGGCUUUUGAAGUCAGCCGGUUACCAGAAGGCCUGGGUUUGAUCCCCAACCCACAUAGCCAGAGGGGCCUCAGCGCCUGGCCAAGGUUGCCCCGGUCCUUCAGUGCCCGCCGAGCGCGGCCAGCAGGCUCCUCGCGGCGCGGGACAUGACUCACCUCCUGCGCUGGCCGGCGGCAGCUCAUUGUUUACGUGCGAGCCAGGCUCCUGGGAGGACCCUGCCACCCCACCUUUCCUGUGCCUGUUAUCUCUGCCCCACAGCAGCAUCUGGGCAGCGCCAGCGGCCGCCGGGCUCCUCUUGGGGCCAAAACAGAUUUCCCAGCCGCCGUCGGCCCGAAAGCCUGGAGGAAAUUUCGCUUGCCUUUCUUGCUGUUUGGCAGCUCUCCGGUCCAGCGGAAGGGCUACGUGUCAGAGAGGGAAGCCGGGCCGUGAAGAGCCGGGUUGCUUCUGUGGCACGGGCAGAGCUUUAGAACGAUGGUCCUCAAAGUGCACCUGGUAACUGUUGCAUGACCAAAGGAGUGUGGUGAUCCUGCCCUGCCGUCCCCGAAAGAAAAGUGGACUCACACUGGUCCCUUCCGUUGUCCCCCUCCCCUCCUUUGCUGGGACUUCGCGGCCCCGGAGAGGAGCUGCUGUGCCCUGAGUCCCAAGAGGGUCUCUGAAGGCUGGCUGCCCUGCAGCCUCCAGCAGGGGCACCUCCGUAGUGUGGGGGCUCUGGGGCUCGCGCGGGAGGCUGUGUGACACAAUGGGAGUGGCACUGGACGCAGACUCGGCCCCUCUGCCCUGGAUCCUGGGUUAAACUUGAAGUUGUGUGUUGGUUGGUGCGUCUUGGGCCAUUGUCUCUGUGAGUCCCCUCUGUCAAAUCACCGUAAUAAAGCUUUGUAAGGUG